AAACACCAUCGCGACCGGCCGGAGACUUGACACCGAUCUUCGCCGGAGGAGCGGAGGGUCGCCGGGCGUUCGAGAUGCUGCUGAGCCGGGAAGCAGGAACCGCGGGCGGCGGCGGGGGGCCACCAGACGCCGGGCCCCCGCCAGCACCGCCGGGCCCGGAGCCCCGCGAGGGGCAGACGGCCCCCGGCCGCGCAGCGAGUCGUGUCGGCGGCCUGGUGGACUGGAGGCAGAGACCGCGCCGGACCUGCGCCCUGUUCGCCGCAGCCAACGCGGUGUUGUGGUUCGUGGCCUUCUGCUCUUUCCGAGCCUACGGCCUCGUGGCCGUGCUGCUGGCUGUGCUGGUCGUCACGGUGACCGUCAGAGAUGUCGCUUGGUCCAGAUACACAGGAGCUCACUCGUGGCGCAGCAUGACUGCAAGCUGGGAGAUCAUUGACUCAGGCCAGGACAGCCGGUCUGGGACUGGCCCUCAGCUCAGCGACUCCCUCAAACUCUUCCUCCAGGAGACUUCGGCUUUCAAACAGCAAAACCCAGGCAAGUUUUGCCUGCUGGUUUGCAGUUUGUGCACCUUCUUUGCCGUCUUAGGACGCUACAUUCCAGGGAUUGUUAUCUCCUAUGUUCUAGUGCUGGGCGUCUUCCUGUGGCCUCUGAUUUCAUCUCAUGAGGUUGGUUUGUGGCUGGAGCCAGUUCUGCAGAAGCUGGACUUUGGCAUUGGGGAGUUCCUUCAGAAAAUCAAAGCGAACCAUGAGAAGAGAAUCGUGCAGGCUCAGACUGAGAUGGGCAUCGAGUCGGACCUGUCCUCCAUGUUUCCCAAGCUCGACUCCGCAGCGUGUAAGGAAAUGUCCGUAUCGGACACAGAAGUGUCUGAUGUGACGUGGACGGACAACGGCACUUUCAACCUGUCCGAAGGACACACGCCACAGACUGAGAACUCAGAGGACCUCGACAGAGAGGAAGCGUUCACUGGUGGCCUCCAAGAAUUCCCUUCUCUUGACAACGGUACGACGACCAAUGGCGACGACGAUGACCUCAGCCUCGGCCUUCCCUUGCCGCCUACUGAAACCCAGCAGUCGAUCAAAUCAAAGAAAACACUUCCUCCUCACAAAGACCAGCCCACCGACAAAGCCCUUGAAUUGGUCAACCAGAUGGCAGGAGACUUCAUCGCCGCUGCGGUCACAGCUGCAAUCCAGGAGAGAAUAGAAGCAGCAGUCGGCUUCACGGCGUUGAGCAACGACCCAGAGCGGUCAAGACUCCGUGAGUCCACUAGGCUUCUGGAGCUGGCCGAGGAGUCGGACAGCGAGGUGGAGGACUUUGAGCUACUGGACCAGUCGGAGCUGGAGCAACUGGAGGAGGAGCUGGGGCUGGGAGAGAAGAAGGCCCAGCUCAAAGAGGAGGCACAGUCCAAGACCGACGAGUCUGCCUCGACUGGAUUCUUCACCAAACUCCUCCGACGCCACUGAUUGAUGAAGAGUACGUUCAGCAGCGGAGAAGAAGGGGUUACAGAGGACAUGUGGAGGGGAGAUGGGGGCAUUCAGGUCACAGUAGACUGUUGGCGGUUGUGAGAAAACGUUUCCAUUUAUCUUUAUCGUGUAGCCCUAACAUCAACAAUUUAAAAACUCCUCCCUCUGGUGGAAGUGAUGUUGCUUAAAUCAGACUAAUGCCUAGAUCAGACUGCACAAUAUCAGUCUGCUGACGGCCUUGAACCGGCAAUGACGAAAAUGAGCACUGGGUGCCACUGUUGCUCAUAGAAAAUUGAGAAUAAUAUUCAUAAUGAGUCUUUUAAUUACUAUAUAAUCACCUGAAAUAGACAAACCAAACUCUGGCUAUAGAGAGGAACUUUCACGUAUUUAUGUUAACUCUCCUACAUGAUUGGAAGGGGAGAGUGACGAAAGGGGUAUUCAGUUAAGUGCAACAUGCCGCUUACACCACUAGAUGGCACUAAAUCCCACACUGAACCUUAAAAUUCCUUUAUUGUUGUUUAGAAAUAAAUAAUGAUAAAAAGAUAUCCAUGCUGUGGAGGUUGAGUUGGUGUGAGAGGGAGAAGACGCGUCACAAUAAUCAUCUGAAAACAUAGAGGCUGCUGCAUGUUUAUUCAUUCAUUGUGUUUUUGAAUACAUAGAUACGUUAUUUUGUUCCCUGUUGUGCACUACGUCAGCUUUUGCCCGUACUGGCCAGCAGCCAGCUCAGAGCACAUCUGAUGAGUCUUCUGUUUAAACCCAUCAGAGUCUUAUAUCAGCUUGGUGGGAUCGGUCAGGUCUGGAACAUUUUAGAAGUAACUGCGGAUAAUGUUUUUUGUUCCGGUGUGGAGCUUUGCAGAUUUGCAGCUGGUCUCUGGCCUCCCAUUUUGCAUAUUAAGAUUUCUUUUUGUGUGUGUGUUGCAUAAAGGCAUAUCUGCUUUUAUUAAGGUCACUGUGUCCGACAAGGCAAUCAUCGAAACUGAAAGUUUCCGACAUGACUCGACUGAGACAGCCUCACUUCGUCUUUCUCAACUUCCGUGAAGUACGUAAAAGGAGGCGAGGCCGCAGAAAAAACAGCUGCUUGUUAGCAGACACAUAUUUGACUCAAAUAUAUUGUGUGGUUUGAUCUCGGCAUUAAAGGUUGCUGAUUGGCUGAGGACUAAGAUCCCGCUCCAGGUUUUAUUCAGUUGCUGUGGUGACAUCCGUAUAUUUCCUGCAGCUUUUAUAAACAGCAUAGAAACAACAAUAUAACUUGGUUGUAAGCAAACAAGGGCAUUUGUACAUGUGUAUUUCUGUAUUUGUGAACGACCAUAACUAUGCUGCAGCAACCGUCUUAUAGACAGAAAAUGAUUAUUCGCAUAGCACUACGUAGCGUAUUUGUUAACUGCUUAUACACAAUCAACAAAUUAAUUACACAAGGUUUAAAACUCAUGCAGAGCUUGAAGAUUCACUCUCAACCAUGGAAUUUUUUUUAUUUAAAUGCGCCAUGAAAUGAAAAAAUCCAUGUUCCCAGUUUGAAUCCUGUGUUAAUUAUUCGUUUAUUUCUUGUUAUAAAACCAACAUCAUCGCAUUUUUACAUCUAAAUCUACACAUAAAAGCGUUAACUCAUUCUGUCGUCCAAUCAUAAAGCUUUCGGGAAUUUUAAAAUCCACAGGUGUAUGAGAAGGUGGUGGUGAGAAGUUACUGUCGACAAGGCCGCGCGGGCGUGACGCAAAUCACGCGCUAUUGGCUGCUGUAGACGCCAAUCGAUAUCUGACACAAUUCCCUCCAUGACUUUGUGUUUUUACAAAUAAAUAUGCAAAUCAAAUUGCUUAAAUUCUUUCUGAGCUUUCAGCCACAUCUCAAGGCUUUUGAAAACAAAUAACACUGUGAAUGUACUUGAUAUAUAAUUAGUUCAAAUUAUAAAGAAAUGUUUGUUCUGCUGUCA